CCGACUGCCGAAGAUACACGAAGCUAUUCGUGGGUUGAGGAUACAUUCUCAAAAUAAAAUAGGCUUGCAGAUUAUUUAUACGCUGAUUGUAUGGUCUGUUAAUAAUAUUAUUGUGCAACCUUCCGAAAUGACAAGUGUUUAAAACAACCUUAUUUAUUUUUGAAAACAUAGCGUCAACGAAAUGCAUUAAAGUUUGUGUACAGUUCUGUUUCUGUUAUAAUGUUUAUUCUAGUUUGACCCUGAAUUUUACACCAAAAUAACAAAGAAUAUGGAAUCGUUCUUCAGUCUCUUUGAGCCUACUUACAAUGACUGUCCUCACAGUGAGGAGUUUGGAUUGGAUAAUAUGAAUAACAGGACUUCGCUACCCCCUGAGCCUCAGCUGGGGAAUGUGGAGUAUAAGUUAAAGAUUGUCAAUCCCACUAAACAGAGAUUUGAGCACUUGGUCACACAGUUAAAAUGGAGGUUGCGCGAAGGAAACGGAGAGGCCAUCUAUGAGAUCGGUGUGGAAGACAGCGGUAUCUUGGCAGGUCUGUCAACGCGAGACAUGAACGCCAGUCUUCAAACCCUUAAGCAAAUGGCCAUCAAACUGGGAGCAACAACGACAAUAUUACGCGAGCGAGUGCUAGACAACGGACGAAGCGUUGCUGAAGUACUAGUCCGAAAAGUACCUGAUGAUCAAAAUAACAUCGAGAUAAGGAUAGCUGUGUUAGGAAACGCCGACGCUGGAAAAUCAACUUUACUAGGAGUACUGACCCAAGGAAGUUUGGACAAUGGACGUGGACGAGCUCGUUUGAAUAUGUUUAGGCACCUGCACGAGAUUCAAAGUGGAAGAACCUCAUCAAUAUCACACGAAAUCCUUGGAUUUAAUUCACAGGGUCAACCAAUAAACUACAGUUACAGCGAGUUGAUAACUGCCGAAGAAAUUUGCGAUACUUCGACUAAAUUAGUCACGUUCAUGGACCUUGCGGGGCACAAGAAAUAUCUAAGGACAACGAUAGCGGGGUUAACUGGUUAUUCUCCACACCAUGCUAUGCUACUGAUUUCCAGUACUGCAGGAGCUGUAGGCAUGGCCCACGAGCAUCUAGCCAUCGCCAUUGCCUUAAACGUCCCAUUUUUUAUAGUAAUAACGAAGAUUGAUCUAGCAUCACCGACCACGACGUUGCAAAACCUAGAAUCAUUUCUGAAACAAGUCGGAACACGAAGGAUACCGCUUGUAAUAAAAACUGUUGAUGACGUCAUUACGGCUGGGGCUAACCAAUUGGCGGAAAACGUGGUCCCGAUCUUCCUAGUUUCAAGUGUAAGCGGGGCAGGACUGGAUCUGCUGUUGAAGUUCCUACAUGUCUUACCGCCUGGAAUAAGCGCUAAGGAAAAGGAACGACUGGAGCAGGAAUCUCCCGAAUUUCAAAUUGACGAGAACUUCAAGACUGGAGAUGUAGGUCAAAUCAUAGGUGGACUGUUAACUAAAGGAGUCAUAACAGAAGGUACAAAGAUGCAGAUAGGUCCAUUGAAGGACGGUUCCUUUCAGAAAGUCGCAGUCAAAACUAUUCACCGUAAUAGGGUACCAUGCAGGAUGGUACGAGCUGGACAAAGCGCGUCGUUAGGGCUGAACACCUAUAUUCCCGGAUUAAGGAAUGGUAUGGUUCUGUUAAGCGAAGACGAGGACGCCAAAGCAUGCCUGUUCUUCCAAGCUAGCGUUUCUGUGCUGUUCCACGCUACUGCCAUCUAUCCAGGAUUCCAGACGACGGUUUAUAUAGGAAACAUUCGGCAGACUGCCGUCAUUAUGGGCAUAUGUUCUUCCAGAUGCAUCCACACUAACGAACGUGAUUCGGUGUUGUUCAGAUUUAAACUACACGCAGAGUAUGUUGCUGUUGGACAACGUCUUCUCUUCAAAGAAGGAUCUUCUAAAGGUAUAGGGGAAAUCACGCAGAUUUUUCCAUUAACACCACCACUACUUGAAUCUUGAGUUGAUCUUAGGACCUAGUGAGUGUUUUGAUAAAAAUCUAGGUAUUGUACACUGCGCGUCAUUAAAAAGAGGCCACUUAAAAUUUUUGGUAUCUUUUAAUUUUUAUGAAUCCUACAAAAAUUAAUUGUUUAAAUGCCUGCCCGAAACAUUACCGAACCUCCUCCAAAAGCAACACGUGCUCGCACAAAAGCAGUAUAUCGUUCCCCACGUCUUCUGUAUGUUUUGAUGCGACCAUCUGAGCCAUAAAGAACCAUCCUGGAUUCAUCACUAAACAAAACAUUUUUCCAGUCUGCUAUCGUCCAAUGCUCUUGGUCUCUAGCAAACUGAAGUCGGCGUUGUCGAUGUGCUGCUGUUAACAAAGGUCCUGUUGCUGGACAGCGAGCCCUUAGACCAAAUUCCCUCAACCUUCUUCUGUCGGUAGAAGUGCUUAAUGUCCACCCGUGAGCAUUUUGAAAACGGUUUUGGAUUGCUCUAGCCGUAAAGAACCGAUUUUGCAAAGAAGUGCGUUGUAAAGAACGGUCUUCUCUGGCCGUCGUGAUUCUUCUCGGGCCUGAUCCUGUCUCUACGAAUCGUUGGUAUGUUUUUUGGACAAUUGUCUGGCCGCUUCUCUUUGACUUAUUCCAUUAUCAAUGAAAGUAACAAUUUGAACAGAUCUAGCAAAUCUCUAAGCCAUAGUUAUGAAUUUAAAAAUUGCACCAGUUCACUCUUUCAACAACAACCAGUUUCAUAAACACCAAUGAAAGAUUUUUGAAAAAGCAGAACAGUCAUAUUGCAAGAAAAAUAAGUUGCAAAUACGUGCAUAAUUCGAAGUCGUAAAACUGAUACCAAUUCUGCACUAACUUAUUAUCUUCAAUUGACCUGUCGGCACCGUUUGUCGGUGUCUAAAAGUUUUUCUCCAUUUUGUGAGUUACAAUAGGAUAACUUUUAUAAACUUAAAAUUAUUGAAAAACUAAUAAAAUUCUAGGUGGCCUCUUUCUAAUUACGCGCAGUGCAUAUUUGAAUUUUGAAAUUUUAGUUUUGAAUAAACUAUUUUUGGUCGGAACUACCAACAAAUUAAAUCAAGAUAUCUAUUUUAUCAACGGGCAUAACAAUGACAAAAAUUAUAAUAUACUAGUCUCCUUUAACUUAUCUGACGAGGAAUUUAUUUUUAUUUUCACCAUUACCUUGAAUUGCCAUAUUGUGUUAUUACAAUUUUAUAGUUUCUAUCUUUUGAUUUUUCAAUUUUGUUUUCAUUUUUUGCAGCUCUUACUCUUACUCUUGAUAGGCUGACUUUCUCACUUAAAUCGUCAUAAACCGACUAUAAGUUUUAAACGAAAACUUGGUUUUCAUAUCUACAACCGAUUAAUGUUUACCGAUUGAGAAAUUUCUCAUGAUUGGUUUGCGCAUUUAAUGAGAGCGACAAAGAGACAUGUAUUUAUUAUACAUUUAAAACGGGCUAGAAGAUAUACGCCGGCAAAGCGAGGUAGCGCGAACAACCCACUUCAUGUCGUAGGUAGGGCUAGCUCAGCACAGCGUUGCCAAAGUAGAUUUAAAAUAGAAAAUAACAAAGUAGAAAAAAAUUAUAAUAUUUAACUUAUUGUAAACGAAUAUAAUAAAGAAAUUAUUUAAAAGAAAAAAACUUAAGUAAAAAAAUAUUGUUUUCACCCAUUUUAAAAAAAGUGGGUGAAAAAAGUUUAAAUCAAAUUUAAAUCAAAACGAAACCGUCUAUUUUUGUAUUUUUGAAAAAAGUUUAAUUAUAUUUGAACGUUUUCACAUUUUUUUAAAAUGGAUGAAAAUAUUUUUGUACUAAGUUUUUUUCUUUUAAAUAAUUUGUUUAUUAUAUUCGUUUACAAUAAGUUAAAUAUUAUAAUUUUUUCUACUUUGGUAUUUUCUUUUUUAAAUCUACUUUGGCAACGCUGUGCUGAGAAAGCCCUGCCUACGACAUGAAGUGGGUUGUUAGCGCUAUCUCGCUUUGCCGGUGUAUAUCUUCUAGCCCGUUUUAAAUGUAUAAUAAAUACAUGUCUCUUUGUCGCUCUCAUUAAAGGCGCAUACCAACCAUGAGAAAUUUUUCAAUCGGUAUACUUUCCCUUUAAUUUCAUUGAUUCCAAACACCUGAGCAGGCUCUUGUAUGAUUUUCUCCAUCUAGUCCACAGCUUUACUAAGGAUGUUCGCAUAAUAACAUCAGUUGAACACAAUUCAGUUCUUUUACUUUAUAAUUUACCAGAGACAAAGAUUGAAUAGCAGACAAGAUAUUAUUUCAUGGGAGGUGCCAUCUAUCGUCGGUUUCAUUUCCAUUAUUAUAUUGUGAAAUUUCCUUCGCUGGUAGGUUUGGUAUUGUCGGUUUGUGUCAGUCAGUGUUUGACACAUCUCCUUCAUAUCGACGCAACUUUUAUAAAUAUGCAUAGUUCACAUAGUGUCUUUAUCAUCAUCUAGUCAUAAAAGUUUGUUUCUUUCUUUAUAUUUAAGUCGGGAGUCAUGCAAUAAAGUCAUCUAGGUUGAAUGUAUCACGAAUUAAGUGACGUUGUGCCUUAGGUUUUUGUAGAGAUAUAUUGAAAAACUUGUUUAUAAUUAGAAUAUUGUCGUAUAAGAGUUGUGGAAAAUCUAGAAAGACUUUUAGAAGAAUUGUUCUCACCAAAAGUAAAGUUAUUUGCUCUUAAAUUCUAUCAAUACUUUUAGAAAUACCCAAGGACAUUUUUGCAGCAAGUAAAAAUGAUAAUUCUCGAGGAAAAUCGAUAAAAUAAGGCUUUGGAAAAUUCUGUACGAAAAAUCGAAAACUUCGUUAAAAUUUGUGAAAAUGUGGUAUGUAUAAUUUCAAGAUACCUCCAAAAUAUUGCUGUAAAGAAAACCGGGAUACCUUUGUCCCAACUUGGUCGGAAAAAUUCUAAAAUUUAAAAAAUUUUUGAACUUUUGGAAAUUUCUUUAUGAAAAAUCGGAAAAUUUGAAAAUAUGGUAUAUACAAUUUUAAAGAUAUUUCCAGAAUAUUGCUGUGAAGAAAAACAAGAUACCUUGAUUUCGAAUUGGUUGGAAAAAUUCAAAAAUAUCGGAAAUUUUGUGAAAAUUUGGUAUCUAUAAUUUGAAGAUACCUCCAAAAUAUUUCUGUAAAGAAAAACGGGAUACCUUUGUCUCAAAUUUAUCGGUAAAAUUAAUUUAAAAGGAUUCAAAAUUUUUGAACUUUUGGAAAUUUCUUUAUGAAAAAUCUGAAAAUUUGGAAUUGUGGCAUGUACAAUUUGAAGAUAUCUACAGAAUAUUGCUGUAACAAAAAACAAGUUACAUUGGUUUCCAAUUGGUCGGAACAAUUCAGACAUAUCGGAAAAUUUGUGAAAACUUUGUAUGUGUAAUUUGAAGAUACCUCAAAAAUAUUGCUUUAACGAAACACGGGAUACCUUUGUCCCAGUUUGGUUGGAAAAAUUGAAAAAUAUUAAAAAUUUUUGAACUUUUGGAAAUAUCAUUAUCAAAAACCGGAAAAUCCGUUAAAUAUUGCGAAAAUUUGAGUUGUGCAAUUUGAAAAUACCUUCAAAAUAUUGCUGUAUAUUCAUAAACGUUCACAAAUUUUAAAGACUUUCGUUUUCCAUCAUCAAAUUUCCAUAUCAGUAUUUUUACAAUUUUUGUCUUUAAUUUUUUUACCAACUGUACUAUUUUGUGGUACAUGACUCAAAAAUAGUGAGAACCACUGCCAUAGGUGAUAAUUUCCCAGAUAUUGAGGACAAUAAGUUAAGAAAUAAGGGUCAGUAAUUCAAUUUUUCGGGCAUAAAUUUUUCCUGAAUUUUACAGAACUGUUUCAGCAGAAGCAGACUAAAAUUUUAAUUAUUUGUUUUUUAUAUUAUUUGUAUAAUUAAAAAGUCUUCAAUAUUUUACAAAAAUCUAAGGUCCGACUCACAGUAACAAAUUCUAUAGAGUUUUCGACUGGACUAUUAAAUGCUAAUUUAAGAUACUAUUAGAAAGAUUCAGUUAUUUUUUAAUAACUUUAUUCAAUUCCUGAUUGAGUUGUUGGUUGAAGGACAUUAAGGAAAACUUUUUUUGUUUUUGCUUUUUUAAAGUAAGGUUUGCUUUUGCUAAUUUAAGGCAUUUGGCAUUGAGGGCAUUUUGUUUCAAUUUAGACAUUGAUACUUAAACCUACUUUUUCUGUCAGAAGCUUUUUAUCAUGUUUUUUAUUCGUCUUUUUUAGUAUUUCUUAUGCGUGUUCUCUUGAAAUCUACUCAGAAAUCCUUACAAAAUAUUUUUCGAUUAAUUUUUUAAAGAGACGUGCGAUUCUGAUUCUUAUAUUUCCAUAGUCAUACUUAAUAGUAUUCUCUCUCUGUAUUACUGUCACUCAUUAACAACGUGGAAUGAAGUAAACACUUUUGUUGUGUGUAGGCAUAUGAAUUUAUUAAAAAAUCCUUAAAAUUUAUCCACAAGGGAGUGGAAGUACAAAACGUUUUCGGUUAAACUGGCCAUCAUCAGUGUAAACGUCCAGUGUACAAGUCAUUUUAAUUAGCCACUUCAAUGGUCAGUUUGACCGAAAACGUUUUGUACUUCCACUCCCUUGUGGAUAAAUUUUAAGAAUUUUUAAUAAAUUCAUAUGCCUACAUACAACAGAAGUGUUUACUUCAUUCCACGUUGUUAUAUUGAAGGUAUACAGCCAACUACAGGGUUUACCCCAUUUUAAAGUCACUCUUUAACUCCAAUAAAAAAAGUAUGCUCAAAAUUGUGCACAACAGAUGUUUGUCAAGGCCAUUUGAUGGAAAGUGUCUGAAAACUUGCACCAUUUCAGAAAUUUAAUUGCAUGAAAACUUGAAUAUACAGUCAGAAGUUAAAUUAGUAUGUGGUUUCCUAGUACCUGAUGAACAUUACAAAGAUUAUAUAGAAUUAAAUAAAUAAUUUAAGUAAAUUUAAAUAUAACUGAAUGGCCAUAUAGUAUUCGAUAGUGAGAAGUAUUGAAGCGAGACGAAGAAAAAAUAGUUUAAGUUUUCACAACUUGUAACAAUAUAGCAGCCACCUAGAUCGUUGGUUGUCAAUUGUUUAACAAUAAAACGACACCUAAGUCGUCUAAUAUGAACACACUUAAUGUGCCAAUUUUAUUGUCAAACAAUUGGCAGACAACGUGGGGCCCAAUGUUUAUAACGUCAUCCCAUAUAGGGAAGAGCAAGCAGGUUUCAGGGGAGGUUUUAGUAUUUUUGGCAACUUAAUAAAAAAUAAGGGGGUAUAAUAUCACUUUAAAAUUAGGUACAUCAAAUAAAGACCAAUGUAGUUUUGUUUUGCCUUUGUAGAAGUUAAUAAUUUUGUAGAUUUAGCUUUUUGUACAUAGAUAUUAAGACAUCGGCUUCGAAACACUACUUAUUUAUUUUUAAUUCACUGUCACUGUCUUUUUUCGUUAAACCAUACCUUUCUGCAACCUUAUACCCUUAACUUGUUUAGUUCUUCUGACUGUUAUUCGGUUGUUCAUCUACUUCUGUAAAAAUACAAAACUUUUUCUAAUAAUCCACCUAAAUAGUAUAAGGAUGUUUGUAAGUAAAAAUCGAAAUUUAUUUUUAUAUGUACAGAACUUUAUUUACUUGUCCAAUUUUCUAAUUUUGGAAAACACGAGGCGACUAUUUUGUGAUAAAUCUUAAGAUUAAUUAGACUAAUGUUAGGUAUAUUGUCGUCGGGAAACUUUUAGCAACAAUGCUAAUGGGAAUAUCUCUGAAAUGGUAGAAAAUUUUAUGCUUAGAAAAAGUUUUGUUCUGUAUUAUUCAGUGUAUUAACAAAAACUUUAUUAUAUACAAACUUACUUUUUAUUAGUUUUUUCUUAACCAACUCGAACUAACUUUAGCUGAAUUUGAUUUCGAAGAUAUUUUGGUAGUAUUCCUAAUCCUAAAUGUACAACAUUAGUGUUUGUUUGUUUAUAUUAUUUAUGACAUGUUUUGAAAAUCUGUGAUUGUAUUUUAAGCAGAGUUAAAAUAGAAAUGAAAUAGUAUUAAACUUAUAAUUGUAUAUUUCUUUCAUAUCAAUUUAAAACUUGAAUGUACGUACUUACCCUCAAUAGAUCUCGUGGUAAAUAAAUGUACUAAACCAG